CCCAAAGAGUCAAGCUGACCCUCCAGUCGCCUCCAACACCCACUGGCCACCCCCGGCUCUGCUGCAGAGCUCACCCGGCUGCACAGCCUGUGUGUGGGCUGUUCCGUCGCUUCAUUUCCUCCAUUUACGCCUCGUGCUGCGGAUCAUGUGUGAGUGUCUGCGUGGGAUAUUCAGAGUCACCUGGGCGCCCUCCUCCAGUACAGACUCUGACGCUGACCAAGAGGACAGCCAUGUUCGCAGCCAGACCAGAGCUCAAGCUGUGAAAGACAAGAGGCGGUCCCCCCCCUCUACCAGAUCCCCCUCGGCCCCACAGCGCAACCCUCCCCACAGCAGCACUGUGGACGAACAGGAGAGCCCUGAGAGAGUGGUGCAGAAGGAGAAACUACAUGCAGAGCUGAAGCAGGUAUUGAGUCAGAAGAGAAGUCAUUUAAGAGAGUCGACUUGCAAAUUGGCCCAACCAGAGAUGGAUACAGAGCCAGGAGAAGAACAGACCUGUAUUGAAGAAGUCUCCAAGUCUGUGGAAAUUGUGGUGGAGACUGAGGCGGAGGCUGGGGCCAGUGGCUACAGUGUGACAGGUGGAGGAGAGGAUGGGAUCUUUGUUAAAGAUGUCCUCAAAGACUCUCCAGCUGCCAAGCACUUGAGUUUGCAGCAAGGUGAUCAGCUACUGAGUGCAAAAGUCUACUUUGACAACGUAAGGUAUGAGGACGCUCUUAAGAUCCUUCAAUGUGCAGAGCCCUAUAAGGUCAGCUUUCAGGUGAAGAGGACUAUUCCUACAACUGAAGAUGGUGUCCGGCCCAGAGUCCCCAGUGGGGAGGUUAAAUUGCCCAAAGCCAAAGUGGCUAAAAUGAGUGUAAAAGGUGUGAAAUCAUUCAAGACCCAGAAGAAAAGAGGGGGGCGUUUUGGUUUAAAAAGGCUGAAAGAAAAGCGCAAGGAGGAACUGGUGAUAGAGGGGACACCCCCAAGGCUAGAGCCAGGGGAAGUUGAUGUUGAGUUUUCACUUCCUAAAAUAAAACAGAGGAAGAAUACGAAGACUGAUGUAGACGUCAGAGGAACAGGAAACAUGGCAAAGACAAAAAGGAGGAUAAGGUUUCCCCAUAUGAAAGCCAAGGCGUACAGUGGAGCAGGGGGACAGCUUGAAGUUGAGGGACAUGAGAAUAUCCCUCCAUCGGAAAUACCUGCGGCUAAAGUUAAAACCAAAGGAAAGGGCCACAAGUUUGGAAUCAUGUUUCCCAAGACUAAACACUCAAAGUCGGGUUUAUCUUCUGAAAGUGGAUCAGUUGAAGUGAGUCCUAAAGAAAUAAACAUCAAACCGAAAUCAGUGGAGAUCAGUUUGUCUGGUAAAGAACAAAACACUCUGGAGAAGAGAGGCUCAAAGUUUAGUCCCCCGGAUGUGGAGUUUGUACUCCCCACGGGAAAAGCAGAAGCCUCUUUGGCCACCGUGAAAGGAACCACAGAGAUCAAAGCUCCUAAAGUAGACAUCAAAGGAGAUGCUGAUGUACCUCAAGGGAAAGUUAAUAUAGAUGUAAGCAAGGAAGAUUCAAAACUCAGAAUGCCAAAUAUUAAACUUCCAAAAAUGCAACUACCACGUCUUUCUGAUGAGGUUGAUGGUGAGAAAAAAAUAAAAGAAAUAAAAAUACCUCAGGCUGAUAUAGAUAUGCCAAAAGCAAAAGUUGGAUGUGGUGGAGAAAUUAGUCUUCCUGAUGUGGAGGUCACUAAACCAAAAAUCAAGGGUGAUAUAUCUGGAAAAGCUGCCUCAGCUCAAAUACCCUCAGUUGAUAUUUCCAUGCCAAAUCUAAAGGGAAAGUCGGAUGCAAGUUACUCACUUCAAGGGCUUGAAGGAGAAGGAAAGUCUGCAAUAAAGAUGCCUGCCAUCAAUAUUUCUGUACCCGAUGCUGGUCUGGAGUUUGAUUCAAGACAAAGAAUUCCAGAUGAAGUUGUAGGCACUGUUAGAGUACCCCAAAUCUCUGGGCCAAAGGUCGACAUCGUACCAAAGAUAAGAACUUCUGGGGUAGAUAUUAAGGGGUCAGAAGGUGGAGUAAAGGUCAGCCCACCUUCUGUUGAUGCCUCUUUACCGAAAAUGAAAUCAGAUUUUGUAGAUGUGGAUAUGGACCAUUUUGUGGGUGGUGGUGGAAAGUUCAAGCUGCCUGAGUUUGACGUAACUCCCCCUGAAAAGAAGUUACCAGAAGAAGGUGGGGGCUUUAAAUUGCCCAAGGUAGAUCUUACUCUUCCAAACCUAAAUCCAGUAGUAACUGACCAUGAGGGAAAGGAUAAAUUUCAGCUUCCAUCUGUUGUCAUUUCUCUUCCUCAGUUAAAGGCAGGUGAAGUGGAAGUCAACACUGAGCACAAAACAGUGAAAGGUGGAAAGUUUGAAAUGCAUGUAAAGCCAAUCCCUGAGGGGAAAAUAGAGGGAGACAUAAAUGCUAAAGGACAUCUUGAGGGAGCCAAUUUUAAAAUGCCUUCAAUAGAUGUUUCUCUGCCUAAUCUAAAACCAGAAGGCCAAGUUACAGUUCCAAUGUUUGAGGUUGAAGGUGAAAGUCUUCUGCCUUCUGUAAAUAUAUCUAUGCCAAAAGGAAAUGCAGAGGGAGGCUUUGAAAUAGGAAGUCGAGAUGUAAAAGGAAUACAGCUCAAAGAAAUCUCUCUUCCAGCAUCAGCUGAACAAGGCAACAUUGAGCUUGAGGGAAGUGGUUCCACCAAAUUUAAGAUGCCAAAUUUUGACAUUGUAUUACCUAAGGGGAAAAACGAAGGGAGAGAAGAGGAUACUGAAACUGCUGUCAAAGGAGGAGCAAAAAUCCACAUGCCAUCUCUUGAUAUUUCUCCUCCUACACAAAAAACCCCUAAAGGGAUGAAAGAUAUGAGCAUUGAAGUUCCUGAAAUUAACAUCAAAUUACCUAAAGCAAAGUUGGAUUUGAAAGGAACUGAUAUCAAAGAAGACUCAAAGAAAUUUCCUACAAAAGACAUAUCUCUUCCGAAAGACAGAAUAGAAGCAAGUGUACAUGUUGAAGAGAAAGGGAAGUUAAAAAUGCCUUCAUUUGAUGUGUCCAUUCCUAAGGUGAAGAUGGCAGAGGAAAACAUUGACAUUGGAGGACAAUCUGUUGACAUCGUCCUUCCAAAAGGCAAAUUAGAUGUGGACAAAGGAGCUAAAAGUAAAGGACACUUUCAUUUACCCUCAGUUGACCUUUCUCUCCCUAAAAUACAAUCAAAGCGAAAUGAUGUUAACAUCAAAGUGCCGGAACUUGGAAGUGGAGAAGUAAAAGCCCCAACUGUCGACAUCUCUCUGCCGAAAGGAACAUUUGAAGGUGACAUUGAUUUUGAAAAUGAAGCUAAAGGGGUUGGAUUCAAUGUGCCAUCAGUAGAUACUGACUCAAGUGCUGAAAUUCCUAAAGGAGAUGUGAACUUUCAAGGUCCAAAAGUCAAGCGUGACAAGUUUGAAAUGCCUAGAAUUGACAUCUCAUUCCCUAAAGGUAAAAAACAUGGAGAUAUUGAUAUCGACAUCAACUCUGGCAUUGAUGGGAAAAUAGAAAUACCUUCUUGUGAUACUAAACUUCCUAAAGGCAAAGGCAAAUCUGGUCUGACUGAUAAGGAUCUCGAUGGAAAGUCAGGGAAACUCAGAAUGCCUAAAUUUAAAGUUUCUGUUCCUAAAUUAGAUGCACCAGAGGGUGACCUCAAAUUGCAUGGAACAGAUGUUAAAGGAAAAGUUGAAAUGCCAGCUGUCGAUAUUUCAACUCCGAAAGGAAAAGUAGAGGGAGAUUUUGACAUUGAAAACCAUGCAGCUAAAGGAGCAAAAUUUCAUAUGCCUUCAUUAAACAUUAACCUUCCAAAGAUAAAAUCUAAGGAUGCAAAAAUUAAUGUUAAAAGCCAUGAAGGUGAAGGACAAACAUUUGAACUUUCAUCAAUGGAUAUUUCAGCACCAAAAAUAAAAUCUCCAGAGGCAGAUGUCAGUCUCAAGGGUCCAGAUUUGGACAUUUCAGUUACAGGACCUAAAGAUGAUGUUGAAAUUGUUAAAGACCCUGAAAUUAAAGGAAGAAAGACAAAAGUACCUACAUUUGACAUUUCAAUGCCAAGGGUAAACUUUCCUGAGGGUGAAGUCAAAUUAAAGGGUGCAGACUUCAAGAGCAAGAAAAUUGAGAUGCCAGACAUUGAUAUUUCACUGCCUAAAGGAAAAUCGGACAGUGAAAUUGAUGGGCAUGGCUGGAAAGGUGGAAAGUUUCAGAUGCCUUCUGUUGAUUUCUCUCUACCAAAAAUAAAAGCAAAAGGACCAGAGGUCAACAUAGAAGGUCCUGAAAUUAAACAAGGAGACAUUAACAUGCCUGAUAUUGACCUCUCACUACCAGAAGGAAAGAAUGAUGAAGUAAAAGGAGAAUUCAAAAUGCCCAAAUUUGAUAUUUCCUUUCCAAAAACAAACUUACCUGAGGGCCAUGUUGAUGAAUCCAAGGUUAACAUUUCUCUAACAAAACAAAAGGGAGAUGUUGAUGGCCACAUUGGCAAGGAGGGGAACUUUCAACUGCCAUCUAUUGAUGUUUCUCUGCCUAAAAUAAAAGCAAACAAAUCUAAAAGUGAUUUUGAAGGUCCAGAACUAAAAAGUGACGUCACAAUACCAAAAGGAAAAAUUGAGGGUGAUCCAAGUUUCAGAGGCCCUGGUGUAAAAGAAGAGUAUAAAUUACCAACAUUAGAAGCCUCAAUUUACAGAGGAAAAGCUGAUGUUGACUUUGAAGUUGAAGACUCCGAGAUUAUAUCUGGCAUGGUUAAAAUGCCAAAAUUCGAUGUCUCCUUGCCUAAAGUAAGUCUUCCUGAGGGCAAUAGCAAAAUAAAUGAACCAAGCAUCAAUGUGGGGAAGAUUGAGAUGCCAGACAUUGACAUAUCGAUCCCAAAAGGAAAAACGAAAGGGGAAAUUGAAACUAAAGGACAUGCCAGUGAAGGGAGCAAGUUCCAAAUACCUUCAGUUGACUUUUCUCUACCUAAAAUCAAAGUUAACGUAUCUGAACCCAGUGUUAAAAAUCCUGAUGUUCAAGGUGUAAAAAUGAAUAUGCCUUCCCCUGAUGCUUCAAUGCCUAAAUUUGAGUCUCCUGACUUAGAGGUCAGCCUUCACCGUCCAGAUAUGGAUGUUGAUCUUUCAACACCAUCAUUAAAAAAGGAUGGUGAUGUCAACAUUGAAGAAAUGGACAUUAAAGGAAGAAAAUUUAAGAUGCCAAAAUUUGAUGUUUCUUUACCAAAGAUGGGACUCCCAAAAGUUGAUACAAACAUAGGACCAGAGAUGAAAGAAAAAACAAAAAUUACAGCUGAUUUUUCACUUCCCAAAGCUAAGGGACCAGAGAUAAAUGUUGAGGGUCAUGAAACUACAGGUGGUGAAAUACAUUUGCCAACUUGUGAUGUUUCUCUCCCCAAAACAAAUCCUCUGAAUAUAGAGGCUACUCUUAAGGCCCCUGGUUUAAAAGGAGGAAAAAUCAAAACACCUGCUGUGGAUAUUUCCCUUCCUGGAGGAACAACUGAUGGUGACCUUAAUGUUGAGGCCCCUGAGUUUAAGAGUGGGAAGUAUAAAAUGCCUAAAUUUGAUAUCUCUUUACCAAAGGUUACUCUCCCAAAAGCUGAUGUCCGUGUUGAAGGGCCAGAUAUAAAAGAUGAUAUGGAAAUGCCAACUGCUGAGAUUUCACUGCCAGAAUUCAAGACCGAUUUAGAAAUUGAUGUAGGCAGUGGUAAAAGUAAGUUUCACAUGCCCUCGAUUGAUAUCUCUUUUCCUACAGUCAAAGUAAAGGAGGCUGAUAUUGAUAUGCAAGGACCGAAGAUCAAGGGCGAAAUGCCACUCUCUUCAGACAUGGACAUUACCAUCAAGGGCCCUGAGCUUCAAGAAGACACGUUUGACCCACCAAACUUGGAUGUUUCACUUCCUAAAGGUAAAGCUGAUGGUGACACCAGUGCUGAAGUUAAGGGUGGGAAAUUCAAGAUGCCAAAAUUUGAUAUUUCUCUCCCCAAAAUUAAUCUCUCAAAGGUUGAGGUCCGUGCUGAAGGACCAGAUAUGAAAGGAAAACUUGAGAAGCCAACCACUGACGUGUCAUGCCAAAAGGCAAAGAAAUCUGUAGAUGUACAUGUUGAAACUGGCAAGGGAGGCAAAUUUCAUAUGCCCAUGGUGGAUUUUUCUCUUCCGAAUGUUAAAGCAAAGGGAGGAGACAUCAAGGGUGAUUUGUCCCUAUCUAACGUAAAAUCUCCUGAGGUAGAUGUCAGUCUUAUCUCAUACCCCAAAGAUAAACCUGAGGGUGGUUGUGAGGUCGAGGGCCCUGAGGUGAGGGGGGGUAAAUUGAAACAACCAGAAAUUGAGUCAGAGAGUGAUUUGAAGAUAAAAGGCUCAGAUUUAAAAACAAGAAAAAUUGAGUUGCCAGACAUUGAUUUGUCACUUCCCAAAGUAAAAGUGGAAGGGGGUAGUGAAACUGAAGAAUAUUCUGUAAAGGGAGGCAAAUUCCACAUGCCAAACAUUGACUUUUCUCUUCCUAAAAUGAAAAAAAAGGAAACUGAGAUCAAUAUUGAAGGUCCAGAAUUUAAGGGUGGAAAACUUAAUAUACCUAAAACAAAUUUUUCACUCCCCAACGAAAAGAUUGAUGCUGACCUAAGUGUCGAAGGGCCAGAAAUAAAAGGAGGAAAGGGGACCAUGCCCAAAGUUGAUAUUUCAUUUCAGGAGUUAAGUCUACCUGAGGCUGGUCUUAAAGUUGAAGGGAGUGAAUUUAAAGGAAAACCUGAAAUCCCAGGUGCUGACAUCUCAAUUAUUAAGGAAAAACUUAAGGGUGAUAUAGAUAUUGAGGGACAAAGUGGUAAAAAACCCAAAUUUCAAUUGCCCUCAGUAGAUAUCUCCUUCCCUAAAAUAAAAACAAAAGAAGCUGAUGUGGCUAUUGAAGUACCUGAACCCGAAGUUGAAAAUUCACUUCAGGGUGUACAAUUGGAGGUUGAUCUAAAUGUUAAACAACCUAAAGUUAAGGAAAGUAAACCUAAAAUGGCCAAAGUCAAUCUUCCAGAGGGUGAAUUCAAAAUGAAAGGACCUAAAGUCAAGGGAGGCAACUCUGAGAUCCUAGAUAUGAAUAUAUCCCUCCCCAGAGGAAAAAUAGGGGAAGAACAUGAAAUUGGUUUGCCCUCCAGCAAAGAAGGCAAGUUUAAAAUGCCUUCAGUUGACAUUAAUCAUCUUAAAAUAAAAGUUAAGGGACCAGAUUUAAAUGUAGAGAGUCCUGACAUUGAAGGAGGAAAGAUCAAUAUGCCUGAUGGUGAUGUUUGCCUCUCCAAAGGAAAGAUUGAAUCUGAAUUUGAUGUUGAAACUUCUGAGAUUAAGGGUGGGAAGUUUAAAUUACCUAAAUUUGACAUCUCUUUACCAAAAGCAAGUUUCCCAAAGACUGAUGCGAGUGUCGAAGGGCCAGAUGUAAAAGCACAAGUAGAAAUACCAGAGGCUGACAUUUCACUUCCAGAAGCAAAGACUAAUGUGGAAAUUGAUGUUAACACUGGUACAAGCAGCAAGUUUCACAUGCCCUCGGUUUAUAUUGCUCUCCCUAAAGUCAAAGCAAAGGGAGAUAUUGAUAUACAACAACCUAAAAUCAAGGGGGAUUUUUCACAUCCUAAAGCCGAGUUACCAGAGGUGGAUGUCAGCCUCAAUAGCCCAGAGGUUGGAGGAAAAAUUAAUCUGCCAACUGUUGAUAUUUCACCUUCCAAAGGAAGGGUUGAUGGUGGCUUGGAGUUUGAGGGUGUUGAGGGUAAGUUAAAAAAGCCAAAUAUUGACAUGACUUUACCAAAAGUGACUCUUCCAGAAGGUAAUCUUAAAAUUCAAGGCCCAAAAAUCAAGGCAGGAACCAUUGAAAUGCCAGAUCUUGAUAUAUCAAUUCCAAACCCAAAAGCUGAGGGAAAAUUUGACACUGAAGGGCAUGUAAAAAAAGGAGGCAAGUUUCAUUUACCUUUUAUACAUCUUCCUGACAUGAAAGCAAAGGAGCCACAAGCCAACAUAAAAUGUCCUGAGGCUGAUGUUGACAUUAAGGCUCCAGAUACAAAAGGAGGAAAAGGUGGAAGGUUUCACAUGCCAACUCUUGAUGUAAACAUGCCAAAAUUUGACCUAGACCUAAGCUUGCCAUCUGUUUCAAAACCUAGUGGCCCUAAAGGUGAGGUCAGUGGACCUGAUACAUCUGCAGAUUUGGAGAUGUUGAAUCUCAAAGGUGAUCUCAAACCAGAGCAAAUGAGAGUAAAGACUUUAGAUGUUGAAGGUUCGGCUGCAUCAGUAAAACUUCCUUCAGUUAAACUGCCAACUGUUGACAUCUCAGCCCCAAAAGUUGAUCUAGACUUUGGCCUCAACAAACCUAAGGGUGAUGAUGUAAAAGUAGAGCUUUUGAAAGCAGAGGGAGGGCGACCUUCUUCAGGGGGCAGCUUCGAUAUACCAGAUGUCUCUCUCAAAGUGCCAAGUUUCACUUUACCCAGAUUUGGUGCAAAGUCAAAUAGUAGUAAUUUGGAGGUAUCGGGACAGAAAGAUGUUUCCCUCCAUCAGCCGAAUGUUGAAGGUGAGAUUAGGGCACCAUCAGUAGAAUUUGACAGAGAUGGAAAAGUCAAAGUAAAGAAACCCAAAAUAAAAAUGCCUUCAUUUGGAAUAUCGAAAAAGGAUACGGAUGUAUCUGUGUCUUGUCCUGAUGUUGAUGUUAAAGUACAAAAAGGAAAACCAGAAUUACCCCACCACGAUUUCAGGACUGAGGGCCCAGACCAUAAAGUAAAGCAUAAACUUAAGUUUCCCAAGUUCAAAAUGUCAUCACCAAAGGUUCAACUUUCAGAGGGAGAGGUGGAAGCGGAAGUGGGUAGAAAGAAUGGCUUUUAUGGACCUGAUGUCACUCUUCAAUUGCCAAAGUUCUCAAUGCCAGGAUUUGGGUCCAAAGAGAGAAAUCUAGAUAAACCAAGUGGUGAACUUCAAACCCAGCCCAAAGUCAAGAUGCCUUCUGUUGAGCUAUCACUCCCAGAAGCUAAAACACAAGAAAUGGAAGUUCUUCUCCCUAAAGCAGAGGUUGAUGUUUCAGAAGCAGAUAUCGAAGGUUAUGAGGGAAAUCUUAAAAUUCCUAAAAUGGAUGUUACAAUCCCCAAAGUAGACCUAGAUGUAUCGCUGCCAAAAGGCAAAUCUUCAAAGAAUGACGGACUUGAUGUGGAACUUAAAGGAGAUGAAGGGAAAUUCAAAAUGCCUCAAAUAACUAUGCCAUCUUUGAAUGUCACUCUUCCAAAAGGAAAACUUAAAAGUCCCAGUAAUCCUAAAACUGAAAUGGGGGAUAAUGGAGGCCAGUUUACACUACCCUAUGUCAAAAUGCCCAAUAUUGAUAUAACUGUACCAAAAGCUGAUAUUUCACUUCCAAAAGUAAAACCAGAGAUCUCUGAAACCAAUAUGAAGGGGAACACGGAGCAGAAGUCUAAAAUGCCCAAGGUUGACAUCUCUCUUCCCAAGAGUAAGCUCCAAAACGAUGAGGCACAGGAAAAAAAUGAAGAAACAGGUAAAAUCAAAAUGCCUCACAUAAAGAUGCCACACGUUGAUAUCUCUCUUCCCAAGGUUAAAACUGAAAGUCAAGAUGUAGAGAUCAGAGGUGAAGAGGGAAAACUCGAAAUGCCACAAGUCAACAUUCCUUCUGUCGAUCUUUCACUUCCUAAAGCAAAAGCUAAAGGUCCAAAUGUUCAGGUAGUGGGCAGUUCUGAGCAAACCUUCAAGUUACCUUAUAGUAAAAUGCCAGAUAUUGAUGUUUCUCUGCACAAGGGACAGCUUAAAGGUCCAAAUGUAGAGAUUGAGGGAGAAAAGGGAACUUUUAAGAUGCCACAUAUUAGUAUGCCAUCCCUUGAAAUAUCCCUACCAAAAAGAAAGGUUGAAAGCAUAGAUAUUGAGGCCAGUGGAGGAGAGGUCAAAACACCAAAUGUAAAAAUGCCUUCAGCUGACAUAUCAGGCAUUAAAGGGGAGAUUGAGGAUCAAGAUACUGAAAUUACAGGAAAUGUUGGAGGAAAAUUGAAAAGGUCUCCUCUAAAAAUGCCACAUGUGGAAUUUUCUGAACCAAAAGGGAAAGGAGUUCCAGAUGUUGGGAUUAGUAUGCCUUCAGUUGAUCUAUCAUUGCCCAAAGGAGAAUUCAAGAGUCCUGGGGCUGGGAUAGGAGGUACUGAAGGCAAAAUAAAUAUGCCUCAUCUAAAAAUGCCAAAUGUUGACAUCUCCCUACCCAAAGGUAAUUCUGGCAAAAGUGAGGGGACAGAGUUUAAAGCAGAGGGACACAUACCAGAAGUACCCACGGGAGACAUUUCUCUGCAAAAAUGUGAAACUACAGGUCCCAUCUCUGGCACUAAGAAUGGAGGAGGAAAGUUCAAAAUGCCAAAAGUUGAUAUAUCUCUUCCAAAAGGAAAACUUUCAGUGGAAGGUCCUGAGGUGGACAUACAAAAAGGACAAGUCAACAUGCCAAAAGCAAGUGCGGACAAACCUAGUGGUAAAAAGGAGGCAGAGGAAGGAACAAUCAAACUUCCACAUAUCAAGAUGCCUAAGGUGGAUCUUUCUUUUUCUAAAAGUAAGGGUACUGAAGUCCCAACUAUGGAGACGGAAGUUAAAGGCCGAGAUGCUGAACUUCCAAAAGAAAAAAUGUCACUGCAAAACGAUAACUUAACCAAAGAGGCAAAGCCUGAUCUGAAGGCUGAUUUGCAUGUUGAAGGCGAGCAAAAAGGUCUAAAGCUGAACUUGCCAACAACUGAUAUUAAAAGUUCAAAAGAAGAAGCAGAAGUAAACAUAGGACUUCAAAGAGUUGAGGGUAAGACAGACAAGAAAAAAAUAAUAUCACCAGAUUUGGAUCUAAACGCAUCAGGAAGUCAGAGUAAAAAUAAUGGGGGCAAGGUCAAAGGUCCAAAAUUCAAGAUUGGGAUGCCAAAAAUGAAAGGUGACAAAGAUGUAAAGUUAGAAAAAGAACAAUGUAAGGAUGAUGUCGAACAGAAUAGCCAUAAAACUGACAAUGGUCAAAUCAACAUCACAGCUCCGGAGGUAGUGUUACCAAGCAUUAGUUUCAAAACAGACUCUGACAGCAAAGGAGGCCCUUCCUCUUCUAGUAAAGAAAUCAAAGUCCCUAGAAUACCAGAUAUAGAGUUUGAUAUUGGGACAUCACAAGAUGAAGAUGAUGAAACAGAAAUGGAGAAGAAAGUAAAAAUCCCCAAAUUUGGUGUCCCAUUACCCUCAAUCUCAUCUCCUGAAAGACAUAUGGAUUUCUAUGGAUCAGAAAUUUUCUAUGAUGGCCCCAAAAAACCCAAAGUAAAGAAAGCUGUUUUUGUCAUGGUGAAUCCAAAUGAAACGGAGAAGGUAGCUGCAAACAUCUCCUUUCCAAAAAAGGAGACGGCAGCUGAAAAUGAUACAGAAGAUGUCACAAUGAAGAUAACCAAAACCAAAACGAAGCCUAACUCUGGGAAGUCUAAAGAGAAAUCAUCUGAAAGAGAAGCAGAAGAAGAGGAAAAGUUAAAGGGGGCGAAAAUUAAAAUGCCAAAAUUUUCAUUUUCUUCAGGUAAAUCAGGGUCUGCUGAUGUCCCUACGAAAGGAGAUGGUUCAAGCUCAAGUCUCAAUGGAGAAAAAGAUGCAAGUCCUUAUAAGGACUCCAAGGAUGAUAAAGGAGCAUUUGGGGGUAAAAUCAAACUUCCAAAGGUGGUGUUUACUAGUCCUUACAGCAAGAUGACAACAGGGGAUAAAAUAGAAAAAGAUUUAUCGUCAGAAGUGGUAAAGGGAGACAUCAACACAUUUGAAACUACAUCUAAAAUGUCCUCAAAGGAAGUGGUGUCAUCUCAUGCCAGAACAGAGAUGUUGGACAGGGACAGUUCAGAGUCUCCUGUUGUUCUUGGCGCAGAGUCCACCUCAACAAAUGUUCAGAUGUGGAGUGAAGUGGAGGCAGAGGAAAAGGAAUCCACCAGCUGGUUCAAGAUCCCAAAGUUCACACUGAAGCCACAUGCAACAGGCUUCCUCCAGAUAACCCCAGAGGGCUCCCCUAAAGCCCAGCACAGGGGUGAGCUGGGAGGGGAGGCUGAAGUCUCUGGGUUGUUUUCCCUCCACACCUUGGAGUUUGACUACACCAGUCAGCCCAUGUCUGAAGAGCACAACGUUUCCUCCACAGUGGAGGAGACUGUCACAACAGUAACCAAGACAACAAGAAUCACUAACCUGGUUACCACUGAGACGAGAGCCUGCGAAGCUUCAACUACUCAACAAGUGUCUGAUUUUAAAUACUGAGAUUGCUGUACUAAUAUCUUAAAUACCUUUUGAUUAUUUAGUUGUUGUGAAGCUGUUUUUUAGGCUGACGAGAUUGCUGUGUUCUUUUAAUGUGGAAAAAUAAAAGUUUAUAUUUUAUAUAUUUUAGGUUAGACAUGAUUGUGACUGACUGCAAGGACUUUAUAUCAACCAGUAUUGAUGUCAGUAUUACAGCUGAAGAGUUUAAGUGGGGUUUUUUUUCUUUAAUAUUUUACUAUUUUUGUUGAUUAUUAAGCUUUGUCAGGUUAGUUCUAACUAUUUAUCCAGUUAUGUCAAGCACAAUCUAAAUAUAUACAGGUUGUGUUAUCCUUGUAUUUUUGGUUGUGUAUUAGAAGUGCAAAGAUAUUCACAAUUUACAUCUAAAAAAUCAAUCUGAGUUUUUAUGAAGAGGUCAAAAGAAAUUAGUGCAGAGCAACAAAUACAGACUGGGGUAUGUUUAUGUAAAUAUCUCUGUAGUAUAGCUUUUUUUUUUAACUAUGUCGCUUUAAAGCUAAAUGUUAUUUUAAUAUUCAUAAAAGUUUUUUUUUAUCCAAAUAUCUGGUUUGUUCUGUUUGAGGUAAAAGUUUUAAAUUUUACUGAUGAUAGCCAGUUUGUUUCUAAACUAGACGAUAAGUGAAGGCAUUUAGUUGGUGCUAUGUCCCAGCGUUUAUCAAUAUGUGUAAGCAGAACGUUCUGGACUCUUUCUACUGUAGGGAUCAAACCUGCAACCUUUCGGUUGCAUGUUGCUCUCAAACAUUUAGGCCAACCUGCUGCUAGUCUAUAUUUUUUCACUGUGGAUUUACUGGGAAUUGCACUCAUUUCUCAGAAAUCUAGAUUCAAAACUGUUAUGGUGGGGCAUUUUUUUUUUCUUCUUUACAAAUAUUUUAAACUAAGUAUGGGAAUUUAAGGGAUUUGAUUUAAAGAUUAAAACAAGAUCAUAGAAAAGGUUCUAAAUCUUAAAUCUUUUGCCAAAAUGUUUGUUUCUUUUUUUUUUUUUUUUUUUUUUGGCACGAUGAAAAGGAGGAGCCAAAGUGUAGCAAAAUGUGUAAAUAAAACCAAUGAGGUUAAGGCACUAUUUGCUUUAAUUCAAUUUACAUUUCUUAUUUAAUGCUGUCCUACAUUAAUUUAUAUGCAAUAAGCAAAGCAAAACCUUAAACUUACUUUUGAAAAGUGCCUGCAGUUAAAUCAAUACAUUCACCUAAAAUAAAAGUUUUUGUUGUAGCUUUCAGAUCAGUUUGAUCACUAAAAUAAGGAAAUGGUGCAUACAAUUUAGGGAAAAAAAGGAUAUUCAAAAUAGGCUUAGCAAAAUAUGUAAGUGAAAGUAAACUAUUUGAGAACACAUAUUUUUGAUUUGUUUAAGAAAUGGAAUGAAGCGGCUUUUAAAAUGUUGAUGGAGUUUUGCAGGUGGAAAUCUGUUUUUUAAUAUAAGGGAAGGUCUGCUGUAUGUGGAAAGAUGUUUUUACUUUUCUGGAUGGAUUAUGUGAUCAUAUUUAUUUGGAUUUUAAGGUUGUCAGAACAAAGUGUUGUGCAAGAACUACAUUGGACAUAGUGCUACAGCAAUAAAAUAGUAUUCACUAGA